UGGCAACAAGUUUGUUGUAGUUACACAGCAACGGAAGUGCGCUGUGGAAAUGCACUGCUGCUUUUGCAGAACUUUUUUGCGUUAAUGGAGGUUUAAGUUAGUGCGAAGAAGAAGAACACAGACUGACAUAUUUACAUCAGUCGGCGAUAUUUUGUAAGCAUUUCCAUCAUGGAGAUUACAGGUGAAGCGCUCAAUAAUAACAGACUGCAGACCGCGGCCAGUUUUAAGGCGUUCAUGAUGAAGAACAGCACUAAAACCAACUUAAAUCUCUAUGACCACCUCGUACGGCUGUUAACCAGAGUUAUGGAUGAGCGUCCAGAGAACGCAGUUGAUGUGAUGGAAGACAUGAGUCUGGAGCUGAAAGGAAGUGUUCUUCAGGAGAAGCAGGACACUUUGCGCGACAGUCCAUCCUCAUCCCCAGCUCUGGUUCUGGCCGAGCAGCAGAAGACGCUCUUCAUGCACACGGCAGGAGAUGGAGGAGAUCAUGAGGAGGAGCUGGUAGAUUCUCCUUUACCCAAUGUUGCAGAACUUGCGUUUUUCUUUGAGCAAGCUGGCGUGGGUCUGGGGAGAGAGGAGAUUCAGAGAAUCUUUCUGGCUUUGAAACAUCUGGUAGACACACAGCUGCUCUUGCGGUGUCGAUUCUGGGGCAAGAUCCUUGGGACACAGGGAAACUACCUGGUGGCGGAAGGGGAAUUCAGAGAAGGGGAAGGAGAGGAAGACGAGGGGACAGAACAAACUCCAGAGGAGGACGAGAGAGAGGAAGAGCUGCAGGAGGGCAAGGAUGAAGCAGAGCUUGUGGAGGCUGCUGAUCCGCUGCCCAAAUCCACUUACAAGCCAUCUGCAUCAGUGCCAAAAGAAGGAAAUCACACCGGCGCCAAUAAAUUCACCUAUUUUGUGUGUCAAGAGCCUGGUAUGCCGUGGGUCAGACUGCCGGUGGUCACUCCAGUGCAGAUUACAGUAGCGCGGCAGAUCCGCAGGUUCUUCACAGGCAAGCUUGAUGCUCCUGUUGUGAGUUACCCUCCUUUUCCAGGCAAUGAGGCCAAUUAUCUGCGUGCCCAGAUCGCACGAAUCUCGGCGGGAACCCAUGUUAGUCCUCUGGGAUUCUAUCAGUUUGGAGAGGAUGAAGGUGAGGACGAUGGCCUGCGAGACAGCUUUGAGGAGAACCCUACCUUUGAGGGCAUCCAAGUAAAUGAGAUGGCUGAGUCUCUGAAUCUAUGGGUCCAUCAUGUACAGCAUAUACUUACACAGGGCCGCUGUGUAUGGGUCAACGUAACUAAGAAGCCUGUGGAUGAUGUUGACGAAGAUGCCGAGGAUGAAGAACGAGAGGAAGAACCUGAUGAACUAGAGCCUGAAGUCGGGCCUCCUCUUCUGACGCCUCUAUCUGAAGAUGCAAAGCUCAAUGACACUCCACCUUGGAGCUCAAUGAUGUCCUCAAACAUCAUUCCUCAGUUUGCCAUCGCUGUGCUUCGCUCCAAUCUUUGGCCUGGAGCUUAUGCUUACUGUAGUGGCAAGAAUUUUGGAAACAUAUACAUUGGAUGGGGGCUGAAAUUUAUCGGAGAACCCUUCACCCCAGUGUUGCCUCCACCACCCCAAAGCGAGUUCCCCAGCGGGCCAGAAACCACAGAGGCUUUGGACCCCAGUGUGGAGGAAGAACAGGCUUUAAAAGCUGCAAUGGAGGAGCAGACGGCGGCUAUGGAGGAAACUGAGGAUCUGGAGGAAGAGGAGGAUGAAGAUGAUGAUUAAAAUGGAGGAGUACACAAAAAUAAACCUAGAGGACAGUAGAGUAUUGACAGUAAAGCAUGGGGAGCAGAGAGAAUGGAAGUACUGAACUGGAAUUGAACUGUGAGCACCGGAGUGCAUGUGUCGACACUCUAACCAUUACGCCAUUGGCUUCGACAUAAACACUAUUUUUAAUGCUAUCAUUAUCAGUCUGAUAACAACAUUAGGCUGAUAUAGUUAAGCAUAAUGAUAUAUUUAAAUUACUGUACUCAUUGCAGUUAACCAGUAUACCUACCUAUUAAUUAACAUGUUGGCUGCCUGCUACUUUUUUAGUAUUUUAAUGAUAUUUUAUUUAAUUUUGAUUAAUGUUAAGCUAAAUUGAUUGCUUUAUUUAGGCUUUUUUAGGUAAGGCAGUAGAUUUUAAUUUAUUUAAAAGAAAGUUGACCAUAGUAAAGAAUAAUUGAAUAAUAAAGUUCUGAUAUCACUUCUAACUUUUCUGAAGCUACAAUUUUACAACAAAAUCAACUGUUCACUUUGUGUGUUUGCAAUUUAUUUCACAAUUAUGUCGAAAAAAAUGUCAAAAUAAAAUUUAUCAGCCUCCAAA